UAAAACUAUAAGUUGUAUAAAAUGAGCUCUGAUUGGGUCGGCGAUGAGAUUAGAGCUAAUUUAUUAAAUGACAAUCAAUUGAAAGAUGUGUCCAAUUAUUUCCGUCCAACUUAUAGCCGAAAGUUAUGCAAAGUGUUUGUGGGAAUCGGUUUGGUAUGUGUUGUGGUCGGCGUUGGCAUUGGGUUUGGUGUGUAUUACGGGCGGAGGUGUGCCGGCAGUUGUCUCGGCUCUUAUGAAUCUGAGUCCAAGUUAGGGGUGUAUAACAAGUAUGCGGUCAGUACGGACUCACAGCCCUGCGCUCACAUCGGAAAGGAGAUUCUGGAGGAAAACGGCAACGCUAUGGACUCAAUGAUAGCGGUGUUACUCUGUAUGGGUGUUACUAUACCCGAGUCCAUGGGUUUGGGUGGCGGAGCGCUUAUACUCAUUUAUAACACAAAAACAAACAAAUCGUUUGCUAUAAAUGCGAGAGAGAAAGCGCCGGCGGCUGCCUAUAAGGAUAUGUACAAAGACAAGGGUUUCCACAACUCAGUGGACGGCCCGCUGGCCAUUGCAGUGCCGGGAGAACUGCACGGCUAUUGGCAUAUGUUUAAAGAUCACGGAAGCGGUAAUAUUAAGUGGUCGCGACUUUUUGAGGGCGCCAUUGGUUUGUGUGAAACCGGGUUUGAAGUUAGCGAACACUUGGCCACAGCUUUGGAUCAGAAAAAAGAUUACAUACGAAAUCAUACGGAUUUGAAGGCGAUAUACAUUGACCCAAACACCGGUGAUGUCUAUAAGAAAGGAAAAACUAUGGUUCAAAAGACUUUGGGAAAGACAUUGAGGGCUAUAUCUCAAGCCGAGGAUCCCAUUAAGUAUUACUACGAAGAGUUGUCCAAAAUAAUUGUUGAUGAUAUUAAGAGAACAGCCAAAGAGUGGGAUAAUACGGAUCCCAUUAUAACUGUCGACGACUUUAAGGCNUAG